AGUUCAUAAGAAAGACACAUUGUGGUCAAUCUUUAGCUAGCUAGUUGAACGUCUUUUAUGAACCAGACCAAAGGUUCUCUACAUUGCUCUCAUUCCAACAGGCUCCACUCCUCAGCCCACACAGGAAAAGAACAUGGCUGCAAGUGAACUACUGCUAGUGUGGCUGGCGAGCACACUGCUGACUACUGGAGUAGCUGGGGCUAAGGACCAACUGGUGACUACUGGAGUAGCUGGGGCUAAGGACCAACUGGUGACUACUGGAGUAGCUGGGGCUAAGGACCAACUGGUGACUACUGGAGUAGCUGGGGCUAAGGACCAACUGGUGACUACUGGAGUAGCUGGGGCUGAGGACCAACUGGUGACUACUGGAGGACUGGUUGUGAACUGUAGCUUCAAGACACUGCAAUUCAUACCCUCAAAUUACAGUCAAACCAUCACCAAACUAAUUCUGAGCAAUAACCUCAUAGAGUUAUCCAGCGCUGAUGAAGCUGCUCUGAAGAACUACUCCAAUCUGAUUGAGCUCCAUCUAGAUGGUAACUGGUUGACUGACCUGCCAGGGAAGCUGUUUGAGGCCAUGUCAAAGCUGGAGGUUCUCAACCUGUCCCACAAUAACAUCAGUAGAGUGGAGCCAAAGGCGUUGGCCGGCCUGGUUAACCUGAGGGAGCUGGACCUGUCCUACAAUCGUCUACUGUCACUACCUCUAAAUCUACUGGACGAUUUAAAGAAGCUGUCUAUCCUCAGGCUAGGAGGAAACACACUGCGAGAGUUUGACAUCUCUGUGGAGAGCAAUUCAUUAAAGGUGCUAGAUCUGAAGGGAAAUCCCUGGAACUGUUCUUGUGUAUUUCUCAACCGGAAUAAAUCGAUUACCGACUCAAAGGUUCAGAUAAGAGUCUCAAAUGCCACCUGUGCCAGCCCUGAGGACCAGUCCGGUAAAGGGAUAGUGGACAACGGUACCAGCUGCUCUUCGGGGCCAUCAUCUACAACAACACUUCCGCCACCUACAACUCAGUCAACCACUAAGCCAACCUCAGCCCAGACCACUACACACUCAGUGUCACUUGCAGUUACUACAAAUGCAAGCCUCGUCUUAACCAGUGAGGGCCCAGUCAGUGGCAGUGGGGUGCCAGUGGUGGGGAACACCUGGAAGUUUCUCCUGGGUGUGGUAGCCAUUGCCCUGACCACCUCUAUGCUCAUCGUGUGUGCCGUCAAGGCACCGUCCUGGUACAAGCUGCUGUUCAACUACCGGCACCAGCGGCUGAGAGAUGACGAGGAUGCUGACGUGUACACUACGGGGCGCUACUCUAGUUUCAGCUUGGACACGGAGCAAACGGAGACCAGCGCCCAUGAGCUGGACCACGGGCUAGACGGGUUGGAUAAUGAGGAGGAUGGAUACAUAGAGGACCGUUAUAUAGAGACUGGGGUCUAUGAAGACAACAGAUAACCAUAAUGCUCUCUGAGUUGCUCCCAGCCUUCUGGUUGUGUAUGUCUGUUUGAUUUGAUUUGGACAUCUCUUAGUCCUCACUUGGACUAAUCUGCCAAGAGUCCUGAGUUUGGGUAUUAUGACAUCAAAAUGAUCCCUUUCCAUUGAAAUAAUGGACGAUAAAUUAUCCAAUUCUACUCUAUUCACUGAUAGUAUCAGAAGCCCACGGUUGUCCGUCCGUAAACCGUGCAUAGCCUGCUGAUGAUCAUUUAUUAUUUGGCCUUUUUUUUACAAAAACGUGGACCCUAAAAGUUGUGUACAUUUGUAAAUAUUUGCAAGUUUUGAAAAUGUUGUAAUUCAGGGAAAGGGCCGACCAUGUGAGGUGUUUUGAGGUCGUGAUUUAGGCCACUGCCGGAGACAUAGUGUAGGUAAUCAACGUUUUGUCUUAUUAAAUAGAUAUUUGAGUA